UUUGUCAAUAAUAGAUUGAUUUGAAAUUCAUUUACGUAAAGCGAACAUCACUGCCGCUGCAUCUGUUACUCCAAAACCGUCUGCAAUGGAGGAACAACGGCAACCGUCUUCGCCUGAAAUGGCUAAGUUCCAACUGAAAGACACCAUUGAAGCUCUGCUGAAGUUGACCCUUACUUUAUCCAUCGAAGAAUCCCUGGAUUUAGGUUUAUCGAAGGAAUUUUGCUCUAAUCUCCUCAAGGACGACGAAGACGAUCACACCUACCCCUCUUCAACAUCAAAUACAGAUCUGUCGGAAGGUGUUCCUCCAUAUCCCUUAUACAAGCACUUAGCAUCAGCUUUGUGCAAAUCGAUAUCCAACGGGGCUGUUCAUAGUAUGAAUGCCAAUAUUCCCUUGAUCCAUGAAGAUUCUUCCAUGAAACAGAAAGAACGCGAGUGGAAUAAGUUUAUCCUGGAAAAAGGAUCCGAUCUAGUAAAUAUGCUGGAGACUGUGGAGUUUGGACUUCAUGUUCAGGAGCCCUUUUUCUCACAAAUCAAAGAUGGGAAGAAAACAAUUGAAGGAAGGUGUGCUGGUGGUGACUACAACCGGUAUAUUAUUGAAUCAGGAUCUUUGGUUCUCUUCAACAAAUGUUUGUUGCUUCAAGUUCAUGAUGUUCAUUGCUAUGGUUCAUUUUCUGACAUGUUAGCAACUGAGGAUCUUGCUAAAGUUCUACCAGGUGUAGAAACUGUUGAAGAAGGGGUAGAAAUUUAUAGGAGGUUUUAUUCUGAAGAAAAGGAAAGGGAAAAUGGUGUUCUUGCAAUGUUUCUUACAAAACCUACAUCACAGCUUUAUAAUCAUUUGGCAGCUAUUCUUGAGGCACUGCAUUACGAAGGUGUUACGAGGCUUUUUGGCAUUUCACACACUGUAGGAACAAUUCCCGAUGCACUUCCCCUUCCAAGAUCUUCCUUGCUCUCUGCUUUUUUAACACCACAUAAUCCAAAUGUUAAAACUUCGAUUUUGAGUGAUGGAGCUAGGGCUUUGGCUAAGCAUGUAAAUAGAAGCAAUGGAAAAUUUUGGGGUUCCUUCGCCGGAAAUGGUUGGUAUUUACUUUUUUACCCUUUUGGGCGUGUAUUCUUCUUCCCAUUCAAACUCGAUUUGACAGGACAUACUGAACAAGCUUAUUUGGUGUCAGCUUCGAUGAUGAGGGUAUUCACGUCUUUUUAUACAUACAAGAGAUUUAGAGAAUGUUUGUGCCCUAAUUUUUGUCCUAUUGACAUCAAUCUCGGUCGUCUCAUCGACGAUACUAACACACUAUACAACCUGUUUUGUUUUGUUAUGUUCUAACUAAAGUUUAAAAAAAUUUGAACUCACAACCUAAGUACUUAGGGUGCAUUUGAUCGUGUAAAGUUGUUCUCAUUUUUUUGGUAAACGUUUUCAGAAAAUAGACUUGCGUUUUCAUUUUCAUUUUCAUUUUUAGUUUUUAAUGAAAAUUGAGUGUGUUUGGUUGCCGAAAAUUCUCUAGUUUUCUAUGAAAAUUUUCAAAUGAAAAUGAAAGUUUUCAAAAUGUGUUUGGUUGAUUCAAUUUUCAAAUUUUUUCCAAGAAAAUGAAUUUUUUUCCGUUUUCAAAAUUGUAUGUAACUAGAAAAGUGAUUUUUACAGGUUUUUCAAAGUUUUCUAAAUUUCUAAGAUGAAAACUGUUAAUUCCAUUGAUUUUAACCAAAAGUGUUUUUUUUUUUUACAUAUACUUU